AUGCACAUUAAAGAGGGACGAAAAGUCACAUGCCCUUUCAAGCAGUGUGGUAAAACAUUUACUGUUAAAUCAACAUUUACCUCUCAUUUGUCUAGAAAACAUAACAAAAAUAUAGAAGGCCUAAUUGACUCUAUUACAGCAAACCCUGAAGCCAGCUGCUCUCAGAUUCAAGACAUUGAUGUUCAGACUGAUGCUGAUGAAAAUGAUGAGGAACCAGAUGUUAGUCCUGAAAAUGUUGACAACACUUUGUUUUUAAGGAAUCUUGCUCUGUUCUAUUUGAAAUUGCAAGCCAAGCUAUUGCUUCCAGCCUCAGUCAUUCAGACAAUCAUUGAAGACAUGCAGUCAAUACAUGAAAUCAAUCAGUCCCAUUUGCUUUUCAGACUUCAGGAAAAGUUAAUCUCACUUAAUGUUCCAGAAGCAAUGAUAAAAAUGGUACUUGACGAUCUUAAAGCUGAAGAUCUUUUUACAUCCUGUAAUAGCCACAAAUUAAGAUCAGAUCAGCGAAGAAAAACAUUUUUCAAGAAAAGCUUUCAUUAUGUUGAGCCUGUGCCUAUUCGCCUAGGACAGAAUGAAGCAGGUAAAGAGUGUUUUGUGCAGUAUGUACCAGUAAAAAAAACAAUUGAAUCUCUCCUUCACUGCAAGUCUGUAAGAGAACAGUACAAUGAUGUGCACAGUCGUGUCCGGUUGAAGGACAUUUUAAAGGAUGUUUGGGAUGGUGAAAACAUAACUGCAAACUUGCAUCAUGCAGAUGAAUCUGCAUUAGGCUUGGUCUUAUAUCAAGAUGCUUUUGAGGUUGCGAACCCUCUUGGGUCUGGGAAAAAAAAGCAUAAAAUUCUAGCUAUGUACCUCACAUUAGCAGAUCUAUUUCCUCAUAAUAGAUCAAGUACUGACCAAAUGCAACUGGUGUUUCUCUGCAGGGAACAAGACUUUAAGUACUUUGGUCAAGAAUUGGUCAUGAGGUGCUUAAUCAAUGACCUUAAAGACCUUGAGACUACAGGCGUAGAUUUUCCAGAUGGACUGAACGUUAAAGGAAUCUUGCAGGCAAUAGCUGGUGACAAUUUAGGCUCACAUAGCAUUGGUGGGUUUCUGGAGAAUUUCAGCGGAAGUAGAUACUUUUGCAGAUAUUGCGAAAUUGAAAAAUAUACUUUUCAGGAAAAUCCACUUUCCAGAGCCACAUUUCGUACAGCAGAGUCUUACAAACAUCACGUUGAGAACCUUGAUAAGGGUUUGGACCAUAGUGGAGGCAUCAAGUUUGACUCUUUGUUCAAUGAGCUCUCCUUCUAUCAUGUCUCUCAGCCAGGGUUGCCCCCAUGCCUUGGACAUGAUUUAUUUGAAGGUGUUGUGUUGUAUGACCUUGCUUUAUGCAUACAACAUCUUGUAAAGGUUGACAGACAGUUUACGUAUCUGGAAUUGAAUCGAAGGAUUAGUCAGUUCAAGUUUCUAGGUAAUGACAACUGUGACAGACCGUGUGAGAUUAACCCAGGAAGUGAGAAGCUAAGUGGGCAUGCUGUACAGAACUGGUGUUUUUUGAGGAUGCUGCCAAUGUUAAUUGGUGACCAAAUUGAAUCACCUGGUGAGAAUGAAGUUUGGCAACUAAUUUUACUGUUAAGGGAAAUUGUUGCACUUGUUUGUGCACCAGUCAUUUACAGUGGUCAGAUAGGGUAUUUGAGAGUUUUGAUUGAUGAGUACCUAUAUUUUAGGAAACACAUGUUCCCUACUUACUCUCUCAGACCUAAACAUCAUUACCUUAGCCACUACCCAGAGCUCAUUAUUCAUUUUGGACCACUCAUCCGUUUGUGGACAUUAAGAUUCGAAAGUAAGCACAUGUAUUUCAAACAGUGUGUAAGAAAACUACAUAACUUUAAAAAUCUGUGCUUUACUCUCUCAGAAAGACAUCAGCUUCUGCAGGCGUUUCUUCAUGCUGGUGAGCUCUUCCCUCCUUCUAUUGUAGCAGAAAAGGCAACAGAGUUUGUGCAAUGUCCGCCUUGGUCGGAGAACUGAGGGAAAUCAUCCUCAGGGCUUUGCCGUCAAAUGAUGAGAACACCACACAGCUUUUGAUUGACAAACUUGUAGGCUCGGGAUUGGAAUCCAAAGAUGAUCUUCAGUUUGUUCAACAAGAAGACAUCAGUGACAUACUACCAACUAUAAAACUCAGAAAACUUCUCAAUGCUUUUAAAAUGGGUAAUUAUAAUCUCACAUCUUCAUCUAUAUUUCUAUUCUUUUUAAAAUGGCUGAACAUGUAAAAGUGGGUUGUUGAGAGAUGUUAACAGGGACAUAAUUUUCUAUUCAUCAGAUAUGAACGUUGUUAUUUAGUUUUACUUAAACAAUUUGUUUGCUUGCUUGCGCACUCACCCCAGUAGUGACAUGAACAAUGUGAAUAGUUUUAGAUGCAAACAAUGUCUACAUUUGUAGAAAACCGGCCAUUGUUACCGUGUGUGGAAUUGAAUCAAUUUUAUUCUGUAUAUAUCAAGUUGUGUCUGUACAGAUCGUGUGGAUUUUAACUACCUGUUCAAUAUUUUGUUUUACUCAGAGUCAGAAACUGUCACUUUGGAUCUCACCACUAUGCAGCACACUCCUUCCUUAUCAGCUGGGAGCUCCUCACCACAGCCAUGCUCUUCUAAUAUGUCGGUAACUACUGAUGGAGGAUCAAGCAGUCUUGAAAACAGUCAACCAUCUACAUCCCAUUUUAGGAAAACGUGGUCAAAUACCUUUCAGGUACCAUGGCAGCUCAUGCCUGCAGAAA